ACAGUAUCAAAACACUCCAAAUACGCAAUUUCACACUUAAUUGCUUCCUUAAUUUGUUAAUUCCCCACUAAAACCCCAAUCAGAAGAAGAAGAAGUCUCUGGAGAGUCGUCUCCUCCGCCUAUUUCCUCUCCGCUUCCUUCCUUACUUCCCGUCCUGCCUAAUUUCUCCGAUCGCGGAAAGCUUCUUCCAAAUUCAAUCCAGUCUUCUAACAAUGGCGGAUUCCGUCCUCGAACCUCACCUUCCUCCUCCGCCAAUCUCCGAUGCCGAUUCUCUCCUCGCUCCUCCCCUCGACCCGCUCUUCUUCUCCUCCUCCUCCACAAACCCCGACCAACACGGCUUCAUCCCUUCCGAUCUCCCCUCCUUCAAUUUCGACGACGAUUUCGAUCUCGACUUCGAUUUCGACGGCUUCACCGAUCCUCUCUACUUCCCGCCCGUGACCGAGUCCUUCCCUCUACCCGAAUCCGGCGGCACCAUCGCGCCGGAGGCUGACGGAUCGCCGGAAUCGGGUAAUUCGGUGGUUUCUGGGGGCGAGGGUGGUGGUUGCUCUGACGUGGGGAAGUAUUUCAACCGCUCGCCUUCUCGUGCCGGGAGUUGCGAUUCCGAUGAAGGGAGUACGGCUUCAGGCGCUGCUGCAGCUGUAGGGAUCGCGAAUUGUACGGCUGCGUCUCCUGCCUCGUCGCAUGGUUCUGGAAGUGGAGGAAAGUCUGAUGUUUCCGAGACGAUGGAUGCGUCUUCUCCUGAUCCGGGGACUUUCCCAGUGAAAGAUGAAGAAGCGAAUGCGAAGAAGAAGAGGAAGAGCGGCGGGAGCGGCGCGUUGCCGAAGAGGAAGAAGGAUGCGAGUCAUGAUGCGUCGGCCAGAAGGCAGAAAUGUAGGGUUUCUGAGAUUCCCAAGUCGAAUUCUUCGUCUCAAGGGAGCGAUACAAAGACUGAGGAGUGCGGCAGCUUUGGGCCUUUCGGUGAAGAAGAUGAGAAGAAGAAGGCGAGGUUGAUGCGAAACCGGGAGAGUGCGCAGCUGUCGAGGCAGAGGAAGAAGCAUUACGUGGAGGAGCUGGAGGACAAGGUGAGAGCCAUGCAUUCGGCAAUUGCUGACUUGAACGGUAGAGUUUCUUACUUUAUGGCUGAGAAUGCUAGCUUGAGGCAGCAAUUGGGUGGUGGAAAUGGCUUGUGUCCACCGCCUAUGUACCCACCUCCGAUGGCUCCCAUGCCUUAUCCAUGGAUGCCCUGUCCUCCUUAUAUGGUUAAGCCUCAGGGUUCGCAGGUUCCCCUGGUUCCUAUCCCUAGAUUGAAACCACAGCAGCCUGCGGCUUCUGCUAAAUCCAAGAAGGGUGAGACAACGACGAAAAAGUCUGAGACCAAGACUAAGAAAGUUGCUAGUGUUAGCUUUCUGGGUCUGCUCUUUUUCAUUUUGAUGUUUGGUGGGCUGUUGCCCGUUAUCAAUGUUAAGUAUGGAGGGCCUGGGGAGAAUGUAGCUGGCCGGUCUGGUGAUAGUUUUUCGGAUCAGCAUUUUCGUGGUAGAGUGUUGGUAGUCGAUGGGCAUUCGAAUAGAUCUAGUGACAACAGCCUCAAUAGAGUUCACUGUGAGAAAAGUAAGAGUGGAGGUGCAGAGCAUAUACCCAAACCGAGUGGUUUUGCAUAUCCGGAUAACUCGAGCGAGCAGCUUCAUGCGUCCUUGUAUGUCCCACGGAAUGAUAAGCUUGUGAAGAUUGAUGGGAAUUUGAUAAUUCACUCUAUUCUGGCUAGUGAGAGAACAACAACAGGAUCUCAGGAGAAGAAAACAACUGAAUCAAAACCCAAGGAGACGGGUUUAGCAAUACCUAAGGAUUUCUCAGGGGCUCUGGCUAUCCCUGAUGGAAACAACAGGGGUAGGUUCUAUAGGACUUCUGCUGAACAACAGAAGGCCAUUGGUUCUAGAUCAGCUGAUAAUUUGAAGGAGCAGUUCAAGUCUUCUGCUGCUGAUGGUAAACUGCAGCAGUGGUUCCAUCAAGGUCUUGCAGGGCCAAUGUUGAGUUCAGGAAUCUGCAGUGAAGUGUUUCAGUUUGACGUUUCACCAUCUCCUGGCGCCAUAGUGUCUUCUCCACCACUCACUAAUCUCACCAGAGAACCUCACCAGAAUGCUACUCCUCCCUCCGACAAGAAAAAACAUAGAAGAAUCCUCCAUGGCCUUCCAGUGGUACCCUUCCCGGGUUCUGAUCUCAAUGUCACUGGAGAACACAAAGGGAGAAAGAACGAGACGUUCAACAUUCAAGGUAAUAAUAGUAAAGCACCAGCCUCUUCAAUGGUUGUCUCCGUGCUUCUUGAUCCCAGAGAAAUUGCGGAUACUGAAGUCGAUGGUGUGUACGUCCCAAAGUCGCUCUCCCGAGUGUUUGUUGUCGUGCUAGUGGACAGUGUCAAGUACGUCACUUAUUCGUGCAUGCUUCCCCGCUCUAGUCCUCACUUGGUAAGAGCUUGAAGAAAUGGCCUGAGGAGUCUUGGAACUGAGAACGUGUACUGCGGGCCUACAGUUUUGUAUAUAGAGAGGAAAAAAGUAGAAAAUCUAGUAUCGACGAUCUAUAAGAACCCUAACCCUGUUUUCUGCACCCUGAAUGUCUGCCUCUGUACCUCGAAUGUUGUGAGAGUCGUUGAGCGCGAAGUGGUUGAUUAAUGUAGGUGUUGGUUUCUGGGAUGGUUAGUUUGUGAUAGGAUGAGAGAACACUUUAUUUGUUGGCUGAAGUAUUGUAUCCCUGACGCUUUAUGGAAGCAUAAUGUAUGCCUUUCUAAUACAAAGAACUCGAAUAAGCGUUUUUUGUGACUCCUUGUGAUCUUGUUCGAAGAGCUUGAAUCCGUAGAUCGAUUGCUGUCGAAUUGGUAGCUGCCCCA